ACGUCAUGCAUUGAGCAGAACUUUUAUCAACGAUAAACCAAGUUCAUACAUGUAGAUAGAUAGCUAAAUAAAGAUAUGGCCGAUAUUUUGACGCUUGUCUUUAGGACAUUUAACCAACACAAUGGAAAACCGAAGGAUUUCAAAAGCAUCGCACCAUCAAAAUGCAGUACCUUGGUGGUCGGAGACUGUAGCGUCAACCGUUCGUUGCUGAUACUUGCGGCGGUGACGGCUGCCUCUGAAUUGGGGCUCAAAGUCUCAUUUUUCACUCAGGUUCAAAUUCAGAGCCUUCCAGGAUCAUUACAAGAAUCCAUGUCCAACCUGAGCCCCGACAAUUUGAAGAAAAUCAAGUUUUCAUACCCCAGGUCCUUGGAAGAUUUGCUUCAGGACGUGGCCUCUUUGCAUGAAUCAGCCUCUGGAUCUGCUGCCCCUCCGUCGCUGAUCAUCGUGGAUGGGCUGGAGGGCUACCUGCGCGGGCCUGGGGUGAGUGGUGGCCUUCAGCAGGCGGAGCAGUCCUCUGCUGCACACAUCUCUGCUCUGCUGUAUGACACGGCUGCAUUUCUCACACAGACCUUGGAAGAGAGAGCCGCUAGUCUGGCCCCCUGUCGGGUCAUAGCCUCGUUCCAGUCCGAGUGGGAAGGGCAUGCUGGUGGGGACUCCUCAGACCCUGUCCUCUCAGUGUUAGACCGCUACUUUCAGGUUAGGUGUACCUUGGACCAGGACUGGAACUCUGCCCCUGCUGUAGCAGGACCACAGGACACGUGGCAUGUUUACCUCUCUGGUGCUGGGAUCACAGAAGACCCUAUUGCUAAGGAUGAGGAGGUCUCAAGUCUGGCACGAGAAUGGCGACUGGUCAUUUGCCCCAAUCGCUCAAUGGAGUUUACAAUGGUUUGAAAUCUAUUAAAUUACUUGCCAGUGGAUGAGGAAGAAAUAAAAGACAUGCAAAAAACAUAUAUACUUAUAUCAAACAAUUGCAUUCCCAAAGACUGAGAUGCAAGGGGAACAGUUUUUUUCCAAUGCACAAAAUGAUUUUCACUAGUGUUUACAAAAAGUUUUCAGCAAAGUUUUUGUGUGAAUUAAACCACUCCUCCGACUGAAUCGUA